AUGUUGUGCCUUGCGAAGUCAUUUGGGUUGAACCAUUUCGAUGUUCUUAUUCAGAUCCAGGAUGUUCCGGUGGGUGGUAACUACGGGGGUGCAUAUUGUAAUGAAGGUCAGACGUUGAAUUUUGGUAAUCGGACAUUUGGUAUGGAUGAUCAGACAGAUUUGUUACCAAAAUAUUAUCCUAAUAAAUCAAAGACGUUCUUGUCUGCUCAAUGGGCAUUCAGGAUUACCCAUGUUGGACAAUGUUUCGUCGGUGGUGCUAAUGAAUUUCGGGAAAUAUUAUGCAAGUAUGCCGUGGAAUGCGGGUUUCAAUUCAAGUAUUUGAAAAAUGAUUCAGAUCGCAUUAUGGCAGUUUGUAAGUUUGCAGAGUCCACAGGAUGCACGUGGUUGGUGCAUGCGAGGGUGUUGUCAUCGAAUAGGAUUUUAUGCGUUAAGAAGUUGGAUAGUGUGCACAAUUGUGGAGCUGCUGUUCAAACACAUAGAAACCCACGUAUGGGGUCUGAUUUGGUUUCAAGUGUUGUCGCAGAUCGGGUGCGUGCUCAACCAUUGACGCGUCCUACAGACAUUGUUUUUGAUAUGAAAAAUGACUACGGUUUGGAUAUUAGUUACCGGGUUAUGUGGUUAGGGGUUGAGAAAGCGAAAGGUGAAGUCUAUGGAGAUCAUGCUAUGUCAUUCAAACAACUUAGGUGGUAUAGUGAUUCUGUUAUGGAAAAGAACCCAAACAGUUACAUUAACCUUGAAUUUCACCAACAAACUGGGAGGUUCGUUCAGUAUUUUAUAUCAUUCCGUGCAUGUAUAGAUGGGUUCAACCAUUGUCGACCGUUACUUUUUUUGGAUGACACGUUUUUGAAAGGCAGAUUCAAGGGGAAUUUGUUAGCUACUACCGCGAAAGAUGGCAAUAAAGGGUUGUUUCCAGUGGCUUUUGCAAUUGUUGACUCUAAAAAUCAACAAAAUUGGGAGUGGUUUUUACAGAAUCUUAAAGAUCCAAAUACGGCUUGUCUACUAUUUUUUACAGGGUUGUUUCCAGUGGCUUUUGCAAUUGUUGACUCUAAAAAUCAACAAAAUUGGGAGUGGUUUUUACAGAAUCUUAAAGAAGUCGUGGGUAAUGGGCCUACGUUGACGUUUGUAUCUGAUCGUCACGCGGGUCUUUUGCAAUCUAUGCCAAUUAUUUUCCAUUUAGCACAUCACAAAUUUUGUUUGCUACAUCUUCAAAUGAAUUUGAGAGACCGAAUGAAAUAUGUUGGGUUGAUGCGGAAGCUCUGA